AUGUCCGGAGAACAAGUGAAUUCGCUACGGGACUCUUUAAACCGUUGGAACGAAAGUAGAGCUCAGAAUUCCCAAGGUUUCAACGAAGGUGCCAAGACUUUUCUUUCGUCAUGGGCAGAAUCUAUCAACACCAGAGCGCAGGACGUUUACCAGAGACUUCCCAUGACUCAACAGGAUUUGGUGCAGGACCAAGAACCGUCCUGGUUCGCGUUGUCGCGCAUGGAACGGCUCAUCCUCUUUGUAUGCUUCCUCUUGGGAGCCACAGGCUGUUUCACUCUGUGCGUUUUCCUUUUUCCAGUUCUCGCAGUUAAACCUCGCAAGUUCGGGCUUCUGUGGUCUAUGGGCUCGCUCUUGUUUGUUUCCGCGUUUGGUGUCCUCCAAGGGCCUGUUGCUUACUUGAAGCAUCUGAGCUCUAAAGAGAGACUGCCUUUUAGCAUUUUUUUCUUCACAACCUGCUUUUUGACCAUCUAUUUUGCUGCAUUUCAAAAAUCUACAGUGUUGACCAUACCGUGCGCCGUCUUACAACUGAUAGCUGUAAUCUACUACGGCAUCAGUUACUUUCCCUUCGGAGGAGCUGGCCUGAGGAUGAUUAGUUCCGUGGGUAUCAAUCAAGCUAGAGGAGCUCUGCGCAUUUAA